AUGCAGGGGCUGCAAACGUCCCCCUCCCAGGUCAUCGACUAUCGGGAGUUUGUGGGCUGGCUUACGAACCGGGUUGCCCAGUAUACCGUUGGAGACGAUGGAUGGAUUACAGAUUUCGACUUGAAGGACCAGGUGAAGCCUCUCUUCGAGAUCUGGGACAAAGAUGGCUCGGGCCAUAUAACAAGGGAAGAGUUUAACGAGCUGUCGCAGAUUCUGCAGAACUCACUGCGACUCCAUCCUCUGGCCAAGGGCGAUCUCCUUGUGGUGGACUUCGAGGUCAAGGAGUUCGUCUCAUUGGAAGAGUUUGUUUCGUGGCAGUCUGGAGUCCUGCAGCGAUCUGGUGUGCCGAACAACAAGCUGCCAGAUUUGAUCCACACGCUCGUGGAAUCAAUCCAGUGCAUCUUCGACAUCGAGCAGAUGAACCAGAAGGCCACAGGCGUCGACAAGACCUUCUCUGCUCUGUCCAACACCAUCCAAGUUGUCGCCCAAACCACGCGCCAACUCUACGCUCCGAAGCUCAGCGAGGUGUCGGCAGAGAUGCAGGUGCGGCGGAUCAUGCAGUCUGCCACAAGCCAUUGGGCCGCCCCGCCCAGCCUCAUCGACAUGCAGCUGCUCGCUCGAACCUUCGCCAAGGCGCAUGGGUUGCGACCGUUGGGAUUUGAGUCCAUGUCCGCCUCAUCGCGGUCACCGAGAAAGAAAUCUGCUCCCUCCCGCUUGUCUGCUGUCCGACCUCGCACAAGGCGAAGCGUGCGGACCCAGAUUCAGGAGUCCUUGGGGCAGAUAGUGCUGUGUGUCCCUGCCGUCAACGAUGGCCUGACACAGGUCCCGAACUGGUUCGCACAAGUGGACAGAACCGUUUUCGGUGGUGAAGGUGUUGAAGGUGGCAAAGACAUACUUCUGUACGAGCUGGACAGAACUGGAAUCAUCCCUGCGUGGCGGCACGUCAAGGAUGACACUCACUUCCGUGACUCCAUGGAGGCGCUGCCGAAGGAGCUGAAGGUGCUGGGUCUCCUGAAAGCACAAGCUCUCAUGGGGAACCAGCUGAGCUGGCACGCAAUUCUGACGGCCCUCACGCGUGCCGUGUCCAUGGAGAUCUUCCUCGAGGAGGACCUUGAGACCUUCAGCAAAGACAUGCUCAUCAAGGCCGCAGCUGAGGUGAAGGAAAGCCGACAUUUCUCAGAGCUCAAGGAUUUACACAUCGUGCUGGAAGAUGCAGCUCGGGAGUACUUGGAGCUCCAGGUCGUGCUCUCCCCGCUGGAAGUGCUUACAGCGCUUUCGUCGCUGGAAAUCCUGAAGGUCUCUGAUGAGGUGGUCCAGCAGCUCAGAGCCGAGAUGAAGGGCGCCCCCGCGGCGUGA